CCUCGAUGAUACACCGAAGUAAUAAAUACAUUUGAAGUAGUAAAAAUGGUCAGUACGUUUUGCGUUCACCAUUAGUAAACAAGUUUUAUAAUAAUUUUUUAUUUUUAAUUGUUAUUAUAUUAUAUCAUAUUGCAAAAUGUCGAUCAUUACAAAAGGUAUUUUCAUUAUUGCUGCAAAACGAACUCCAUUUGGAACAAUGGGUGGUGUUUUCGCAAACAAAACCGCAACCGAAUUGUCUGUUAUCGCAGCUAAUGCUGCCAUGCAAUCAGCAGCAAUAAAGCCGGAAAAAAUAGAUAGCGUUGUUUUCGGACAAGUAAUGACGUUAGCUGCUGCAGAUGGUGCCUUUUUACCACGUCAUGUUUUACUACAAACUGGUAUACCAUUGGAAAGGUCUGCUUUAGGAGUAAAUAGAUUAUGUGGUUCUGGAUUUCAAUCUAUCGUUAAUGCAGCUCAGAAUAUUCUAACAGGCGAAUCAAGAAUCGUUUUAGCCGGAGGUGCUGAGAAUAUGAGCCAAGUACCAUUCGUUGUCCGAGGCGUUCGUUUUGGAACAAUUUUAGGUCAGAAACAUGAAUUCGAGGAUGCUCUUUGGGCUGGAUUAUACGAUACUUAUUGUAAUUUACCUAUGGGUCUAACUGCGGAAAAGCUUGGAGAGAAAUAUAAUAUAACACGAGCAGAAGUUGAUGAAUUUUCUUUGAGGAGUCAACAAUUAUGGAAAGCUGCAAAUGAUGCUGGUCGUUUCAAAGAAGAACUUGCUCCAGUAACAGUGAAAGUUAAGAAACAAGAUGUAACAAUCUCCGUAGAUGAACACCCAAGACCUCAAACGACAAAAGAAAAUUUAACAAAACUGAAUCCUGUUUUUAAGAAGAAUGGUUUAGUCACCGCUGGUUCAGCAUCUGGUAUCUGUGAUGGUGCAGGAGCAUUGAUUCUUGCAAGCGAAGAAGUUGUCAAACAAGAAAAAUUGGUACCAUUGGCACGUUUGGUAGGAUACAGUAUCGCUGGUGUCGAUCCUAGUAUUAUGGGAAUUGGGCCAGUCCCAGCGAUACGUAAUUUGCUUAAAAUUACAGGUAAAACAUUGGAUGACAUUGAACUUGUUGAGAUUAACGAGGCUUUCAGUGCUCAAACUUUAGCUUGCGCCAAAGAACUCAAUUUAGAUAUGAACAAGUUAAAUGUGAAUGGUGGUGCAAUUGCGCUUGGUCAUCCAUUAGGCGCAUCAGGUAGUAGAAUUACUGCUCAUUUGGUACAUGAACUUAGGCGUAGAAAGGCUGGUAAAUUAGGUAUUGGUUCAGCGUGUAUCGGUGGAGGUCAAGGAAUAGCCGUUAUGAUAGAAUAUCUCUAAGCGAUUGAAUAUUUUUAUUUAUCUAUCAAUUUUUAAACAUUAUAAUUUAGCAAUUGAAAACUCGAAUGAAUGAAAACAGAUAUUUGUGAUAUAUUGGAAUUAUAUCUGUGUUUAUAUCUAUAUAUAUUUAUAUAUUUGUAUACUUACAAUAAUGGGAUCUUAAUCAGCUGUUGCAUUUUGUAGUACCGUGAAAAUGGAAUAAGACAUUCGUAAAAUCUAUAAUUCAGGAAUAAUUAAAUUUUUAUUAAAGAUUAAAAAUAGUUUAGCCCUUCGCAAUAUAAUUAUUUUAUUUAUUUUUUUUUUAUUUUUAUAUAUCACAUAUUUCACGUAUGUACAUUUUCCAUAUUACGAAAACAAUUUUUUAAUUAAAAUAAUUUUCUAUUUAUUUAUUUUAUUAAAUUAAAUAAAUUGUCACAUUAAAGAUAACGCAUGAAAUCUAGACAAAUAUGGUGAUAAUAGAUCAAUAGUAACGUCAUAAUGCAAAGGGCUAUCAGAAAGAUUAGAAUAAUUAAUUUGUAUAUUUUUGUAAAGGAUAUAAUUCAUCGAUAUACUUACGUUGACAAAAGUAUUUAACGAUAAAGUGAAGACCUUUCCAGCACUUAAAAUAAGAGGUCGAUGUGCUCUUAUUAUCAUUAUUUGUAAUGCACGUUUAAAAUGAUUACCAGCAUUCCACCAAUCAUUGGAAUAAGCUGCUGUGCUAACAUAUAUAUUCUGUAAUUAUUUAAGAAUUUAUAAAAAAUAAUUCGGAAUUAACAGCAAUAUUUAAUAAUAUAUAAUAAUACUUACAUGUAACUGUAAUUCAUUACCAUGCCAACAAUAUAUAAAAAUUUGAUAUGUCAUACAACACAUAUACAUGAGCAUACCAAAUAGAAUUGCUGGAAUAUAGAUUUUCAUCUGUAAUCGAUAAAUCAAUUUAAAUCGUCAGAUAUAAUAUUAAUCAUCAUUCAGAUAAAAUAAAAUAUUUAUAUACCUGUGAAAUGUUAAAAGCGAUCAAACAAAUGAUAAUGCAAUUGACAAAAAAUUGUAAAAGAAUCAUUGUACCAAAAAUAUUUUGUAUUUCGUUGGUGAAACUAUAUAUAUAUAUAUAUAAUAUAAAAAAGUAUUUGUUAGAUUAAUAAUUUCAAUUAAUAUGCUAUUUUAGAAAAAAUUCUAUUUUAAAUAAGUUAAGACAAACCUGAAUAUAACGUUAUUAUGAAUAAUACACCUUUUUAGCGUUUCAUAUGGAACAUCGUAACAAUUUUUUUCUUCGUUAAUUGUUUUUAUAUUACUUUUUUCUUCUCGUUCAUAAUUCUCUAUCGAAGCUACAGUCUGACUCAAUAUUGAAAGUUGACAACAUGCAACAGUGAUAAGACCAGUGACUAAAGUAUCCAUAGCUACAUUAUGGAAACAAGCAACGAAGAUUGCCACGGCCUGAUGCAAGGAAGUAAUUUCAAAAGCUGGUGUAACGGUCACGUUGUAAGGGUACCAACCUUCCAUUGGUAAUCUUCUUGAUCUUCCAGCAAUAAGAUCAGCAAUUGGUGUAAAACCCCAACAGAGCACUGCCACUGUACCAAAACUUUGAUAAGCUAUAUGAUGAAAAAUUCCUUUCCAAGUAUAUCGAGUCACUAUAUAUUCGUAUUUAAUAUUGUGUAGAACAAAUAUUUCAUUCUUCGUUAUAUCUAAAAGAUUUUGUAUACGUUUUUGCCGAUAAAGAAUUAUUACUAUCUAGAAUGAAUGAUAUAUAUAUUUUUUUUAAUUAUAAUUAUAUACUACAAUAUUGUA